AUGAGAAUGAUCCUCAUGAGGGAAUAUGAUAUUCAAAUCCCACAACGGUUAGUCUACGAUGUUCUCAGGGAAAUCGAUCCAGAGGAUAUGGCCGCUCGACUACGAGGUGUAUGCAAACGUCAAACAUAUCAAACAAAUGGACCCAACCACAUCUGGUCCAGUGAUGGACAUGAUAAGUUGAAGCGCUUUGGACUUACCAUAUACGGAUAUGUCAAUGCCUGGUCAAGAAAAAUUCUUGGGAUGUUUGUUCAUGUAACAAACAACGACCCUCGCCACAUUGCGGUGCACUUCCUUCAACUUGCAUCUGAGGCUGGUGGAAUCCCACUCCUACUCACAACCGACUGUGGUACCGAAACUCAUGUUAAAAUGGCUAGGUGUAUGAUGGAAUUAACAUAUACUCACAUGGAAAUCUCACUCGAAGAUGCAGCAAAGCGAAUGCAUUACACCAAGUCAACACAUAAUCAAAAAAUUGAAUCCCUUUGGUCUCAGAUGAUGAAGCAGCACAACCGUGCAAUCAAACACAAUAUUCUAAGUCACAUUGAAGAUGGGAGUUAUGAUGACCAAGAUGAUGUUCAAAAGUGA